ACAUACAUAGAGGAACGAGGAGACAGCGGUGGUCGCCGCCGAGUCGGCAAGCAACAGUCAGAGACUCGAAGAUCGGGAGAGACUCAGACCACAUGCAAGAGGAAAAAACAACAAGAGUUUUUCUGUUUAGAACAACUUUAGCUGUAACUGAUAGGCUUGGACCGUUGCAAUUUCUGAGAGAUGGCACAACUUUGGUUUCAAGUGAAGGAACUUUUGAACUGGGAUUCUUUACCCCAGGCAGUUCAAAGAACCGUUACCUGGGAAUUUGGUAUCGAAACAUCCCCGGUUCAACUGUGGUUUGGGUUGCAAACCGGUGUAAACCGAUCAACGAUUCCUCUGGAUCGUUGACAAUAAACAACACCGGAAAUCUUGAGCUUUUGGGACAGAAUAAGAGUGUGGUUUGGUCUACAAGCUCGUUGAAACAAGCCCGGGAACCAUUGGCUCAACUCUUGGAUAAUGGUAACUUUGUUCUGAGAGAUGAGAAAGAUGAGAAUACAGAGAACUAUUUGUGGCAAAGUUUUGAUUACCCUGGUGAUACAUUCUUGUCUGGAAUGAAAUUUGGAUGGGACUUGAAGAGAGGUCUUAAUAGGCGGUGGUCAUCAUGGAAAAGUUUGAAUGAUCCCUGUUAUGGAGAUUUCACUUAUGGGAUUGAAUACGAUUCACAACACCGUACGUACCCUGAACCAAUACUUUGGAAAGGAUCUGCAAAAUUUUAUCGAACUGGGCCAUGGAAUGGCCUGCGUUACAGUGGUUGUCCUGAGUUGAGACCAAACCCGCUUUACGAUUACAAGUUUGUUUACAGUGAUGAUGAAGUUUACUACUCUUACACCCUCAAGAAUAAGUCUGUGAUCACAAGAGUUGUCAUCAACCAAACGGCAAGUGCUCGUCAGCGUUUGACAUGGAUUGAAAUUGAGAAAAUUUGGAAGCCUUACUUUUCAGGCCCUAGAGACCAGUGUGACAACUAUGGCCAAUGUGGGGCAAAUGCGGAGUGUAUAAUGACAGAGAGUCCAAUAUGUCGAUGUUUAAAAGGUUUUAAGCCUAAGUCUCUACAGGAUUGGAAUUCGAUGGACUGGUCUGAAGGGUGUGUAAGAAGUAGUCCACUGAGUUGCCAUGAUCAAGGGAAAGAUGGCUUUUUGAAAUUUUCUGGUUGGAAAUUGCCGGAUGCUCAACAUACAUGGGUGAACAAGAGUAUGAAUCUACGGGAAUGUAGGGCUAAAUGCCUCAGCAACUGUUCCUGCACGGCUUAUACAAACUCAGAUAUCAGAGGAGAAGGCAGUGGCUGCGUCGUCUGGUUUGGAGAUCUUUAUGAUAUUAGACAAUUUCCUUCCGGCGGACAAGAUCUAUUUGUUCGAAUGUCAGCUUCAGAAAUAGGAAAAGCAAGAGCUGAUCUUAAGGUGAAGAGAACAGUGAUAAUUAUAGCUAUUCUGAUUGGAUUAGCUUGUGGGAUGAUUUUAAUUGGCUUUUACAUUUGCAAGUGGAGAACAUUUUAUGAGAGAAAUGUUAUUAUAAGUGGAAAUAAAGGCCAAGAAGAAGACUUGGAUCUCCCAUUGUUCGACCUACAAAAAAUUAGUACUGCCACUAGUAACUUUUCAGAGGACAAUAAGCUUGGACAAGGUGGUUUUGGACCUGUAUAUAGAGGUGUGCUGGAGGGAGGGCAAGAAAUUGCUGUGAAGAGACUAUCAAUGUGGUCUGGACAAGGAGUCGAUGAGUUCAAAAAUGAAGUUAAACUAAUUGCCAAGCUUCAACAUCGAAAUCUAGUCAAAAUAGUUGGUUGUUGCAUUCAUGACGACGAGAAACUAUUGAUUUAUGAGUAUAUGCCCAACAAAAGCCUUGACUAUUUCAUUUUUGAUCAAAGUCAAGGAAGACAAUUAAAAUGGCCUAAGCGCUUUCAAAUUACAUGUGGAAUUGCUAAGGGCCUUUUGUAUCUCCAUCAUGAUUCUAGGUUGAGGAUUAUACAUCGAGAUCUUAAAGCUAGUAACGUGUUACUUGAUAAAGAGAUGGAUCCAAAAAUUUCAGACUUUGGCUUGGCUAGAAGUUUUGGGGGAGACCAACUAGAAGGAAAUACAAAGAAAGUAGUUGGAACUUAUGGUUAUAUGGCACCAGAAUAUGCUUUUGGUGGCUUAUUCUCAAUAAAAUCUGACGUAUUUAGCUUUGGCAUAUUGAUGUUGGAGAUCAUAAGCGGAAAGAAAAGUAGAGGCUUUUAUUACAAAAACAAUGGCACAACCCUCAUUGGAUAUGCAUGGACUUUGAUGAAGGAAGGCAAUGCAGUUGAAUUUAUUGACAAGUGCUUAAAGGAUUCAUACGAUAGCAUGAAAGAAAUAUUGCGUUGUAUUCACAUUGGUCUCUUAUGUGUGCAACAAAGCCCUAUUGAUAGGCCUAAUAUGUCAUCUGUUGUUAUGAUGUUGUGUGGUGGUGAGAGUGUUCUGCCUCAGCCCAAACCACCAGGCUAUUUCGCCCAUACCGAUUUGUGGGAAAAUCAUUCCUCCUCUAGUAAGCUUCUACCAUCUUGCACAUUUGAUAUAAACAUAACAGAUGUAGAAGCGCGAUAAGAUCGGACAUAGCAUACAAGAGAAUGUAAAAAAUUAUUGCAAUUAUUUUUUUUGGUUCAAAAUUGUAAUGUCCAUUGUUAUUAUCAUUCUCUGUAGUAUAUAAAUAAAUCUAUAGCCAAAAUUCAAACCUAGAUGAAUGAUUCUUCUUAGAUUCCUAUAAUCAACUAAUGAAAACACAAUAAAAGUGAUUAUUGGACUUGUUCUUGAUGAAUAA